AUGGCCGAUCCUGCUCAAUGCAACCCCGAGGCGCAAUGUUGCCUGACUGAUGGCGCAAACCAACAAGGUGAUGUGAACCCACACCACCUACACGACGCACCUGCGGAUGUCGACUCCAUUGACGAACAAACCACAACCACCUCGACCUCUGGCGACGGUGAAGAGGUCCACGGCAAUUGUGUCAGCCCUGAUGACCCACCGCCACCUCUAGAAUCAUCCGGCAACUCUGCUUCCGUGGCUGGCGUUGCCUCCAGGCUGAAUCUCUCUAGCCAUGCGGCAAGCUCGUCUGGUCGAGCUUGGUCCAUUUCAUCCGGAUUGACGCUGUCUGACAACGGGGACGACAGCGCUGUUGGUGAUCACGGUACCGACAUCGUGGUGUCGUUCCUGGACAGCGACAGAGAUAAUCUACCUUCCAGAUUUCUAAACCCAGCCUAUGAGAGGACCACCGGAGAGAGUCAAAACCGAGUUGCGAUCUUGUUGGCCGAUGAUGUUGCGGUACCCGGAAUCAUUCCACCACCGUACCUGUACCCGGCCGAGAUUGCGCUGGAGGAUCUGCUUUGA